AUGUCUAGGUUACACCAUAAAUCGAUUUUUGCAACAUAUGGUUUAAUAUCGAAUGAAAAUUCAUCAUCGAAUAAAAAUCAAUAUUUAAAUAAUGAUAAACGUUAUCUACCUUUACGACAACACGGUGAACAAGAACGUCCACGUUCAAUUCGCUUAAAACCACAAGAAUAUCUUCUAUUUAUUGUUGCUAUUUUAGCCAUAUCAGUCUUAGUCAUUUAUAAUCUUUAUCAAUCGUAUUUUGAUUAA